AUGGCUGCUAGGGUGGUGCUAGAUGAGUUGAAGGUGCGGCGGGGCACGCCAUCGUUGGUGGCGCCGGCGCGGGCGACGCCACGGGAGAGCGUGGCGUUGUCGGACAUCGACAACCAGCCAGUCAUGUGGUUCUACAGCACCGUGAUCCACCUGUACCGAGGUGACCCAUCCAAGGGACUCGUCGACCCAGCGGUGGCCAUGCGCGCUGCGCUGGCGGAGGCGCUGGUGCACUACUACCCGCUGGCCGGUCGGCUGCGCGAGGAGGCCGGCCGGAGGCUGGUUGUGGACUGCGCUGGGCAGGGCGUCAUGUUCUUGGAGGCGGACGCGGACAUCGCCAUCGAUGAUCUCGGCGACGUGCGGUACCCGCCGUUCCCGCGCUCCGAGGAGUUCAUCUACGACGACCGCGUCUACAGGGCGCCCCCUCACGGCGUGCCGCUAGUGCUGGCCGCAACCAUCAACCAGCCCCUGCUGUACGUCCAGGUGACACGGCUCAAGUGCGGAGGCUUCACCGUGUGCCACCAGAGCGCCCACUGCAUCAGCGACGCCGCCGGCUUGGCGCAGUUCUGGAAGGCCGUCGGUGAGCUCGCCCGCGGCGCCCUGGCGCCGUCCGUGCCGCCCGUUUGGGCCAGGGAGAUUUUUAACGCGCGGCAGCAGCCGCUCCCUAGCUUCCCCCACGACGAGUACCGGGAGCCUGCAGACGGGUGCGACGGCGACCGGAUCGCAUCCACGCCACCGCGCGACAUGGCGCGCGUCCGGUUCUCCUUCGGGCCCGGGGCCAUCGCCGCGCUGCGCAGCCGGGUCGCGCCGGGAGCGGCAUCGGCGUCUCGGUGCGGCUGA